GCGGUGUUCUGGUCCAUAAACAACAUGGCGGCGUCCGUGAGGCGCUAGCUUCGGUCUGGCUCUAGUGCGAGCUUGUGACCCGGUGAAGCUUUCCCGGGCGGAGUGAACUUGAAGAAUCCGGUACCGGUCGGCGGACAGCUCUAGUGACCGCUCGUCGGCGUGCGUUUCCAGGGAGCGGCAUCUCUGAGCGUUGGCCAGGAUGAGCAACAUCUACAUCCAGGAACCUCCCACGAAUGGGAAGGUUUUACUGAAAACUACAGCUGGAGAUAUUGAUAUAGAGUUGUGGUCAAAAGAAGCUCCUAAAGCUUGCCGGAAUUUCAUUCAGCUUUGUUUGGAAGCGUAUUAUGACAACACCAUCUUUCAUAGAGUUGUACCUGGUUUUAUAGUCCAAGGAGGAGAUCCUACCGGUACAGGGACUGGAGGAGAGUCUAUUUAUGGAGCUCCAUUCAAGGAUGAAUUUCACUCUCGGUUGCGUUUUAAUCGGCGAGGUUUGGUUGCAAUGGCAAAUGCUGGUCCUCAUGAUAAUGGCAGCCAGUUUUUCUUUACACUGGGUCGAGCAGAUGAACUUAAUAAUAAGCACACCAUCUUCGGAAAGGUUACAGGGGACACAGUAUACAACAUGCUGCGGCUCACCGAAGUUGAUGUUGAUGAAGAUGAAAGACCACGAAAUCCACACAAAAUCAGAAGUAGUGAGGUUUUGUUUAAUCCUUUUGAUGACAUCAUUCCAAGGGAAAUUAAAAAGAUCAAAAAGGAGAAACCAGAGGAGGAAGUCAAGAAAUUGAAACCUAAAGGCACAAAAAAUUUUAGUUUACUUUCAUUUGGGGAAGAAGCUGAAGAAGAAGAGGAAGAAGUAAAUCGAGUUAGUCAGAGCAUGAAGGGCAAAAGUAAAAGCAGUCAUGAUCUCCUUAAGGAUGAUCCACAUCUCAGUUCUGUUCCAGUUGUUGACAGUGAAAAAGGUGAUACAACAGAAGAUUUGGAUGAUGAUGGAGAAGAUGAAUGUGGAGGAGAUGAGUAUAUUGACAGUGAUGAGAAGAACCUGUUGAGAGAAAGAAUUGCAAAGAAAUUAAAAAAGGACAUAAGUACAAAUGUGAAAUCAGCUGGAGAGGGAGAAGUGGAGGAGAAACCAGUGAGCCGCAGUGAAGAGCUCAGAAAAGAAGCUAGACAGUUAAAGAGGGAAUUGUUAGCAGCAAAACAAAAAAAGCUAGAAGAUGCAACAAAAAUGGAGAAAAGAAAUGAAGAGGAAGAAGCCACUCCAGAUGGUGCUGUGGCAGAAUACCGAAGAGAAAAGCAAAAGUAUGAGGCUUUGAGGAAGCAACAACCAAAGAAAGGAUCUUCCCGGGAAGACCAGACCCUUGCACUGCUGAACCAGUUCAAGUCUAAACUCACCCAAGCAAUUGCGGAAAAUCCUGAAAAUGACAUUUCUGAAACAGAAGUAGACGAUGAUGAAGGAUGGAUGUCACAUGUACUCCAGUUUGAGGAUAAAAGCAGAAAAGUUAAAGAUGCAAGCAUGCAAGAUUCAGAUACAUUUGAAAUCUAUGAUCCUCGGAAUCCAGUGAAUAAAAGAAGAAGGGAAGAAAGCAAGAAAUUAAUGAGAGAGAAAAAAGAAAGAAGAUAAAAAGAGAUUAUUGAUAACCAGAACAUGCUAGAAUAUGCCAGCAAUAAAUGGCCUUCCAAUGGCCGUGUUCCCCACAGCAUCACAUCACGUAGGAGUGUGAAAAGUAGUUUUGAACCUGUUGUCUGGUUAUAAAAGACAAUGACUAUGUUUUUUAAGUUCUGGAAUGAUGUAAGCAAAUGCCUUUGGUUACUGGUUCGUGCUUUUUUCCUAACUGACCUUUUAUAGUGCUAAAUCUGAAAUAAAAUCUGUUUCCUUCAGCUUAUAUGUUAAGCAUUUGCAUAUUGCACAAGCCUGAUUGUGCUCAUUUUUCUUGAAAUAUGUGAGGCUUCUUUUUCAAGAUUUUUUUAUAAGAAUUUCUUGCAGAGAGACUAUUUAAGGGAAAUCUCUCUAGCACUAACUUUGGGAUAUAAUUAAAAAAGUAUCAAAUAAAAAUACAAGUAUUGAUGGUUUUA